CCGAAAUCAGAAGAAGAAAUUGAAGAGGCGGCCGAUGCGGUUGCCGAACUUCAUCAUGCUCCAUCUCCAACCGAAAGCAUCAAAGACACCCAGCCUCCAUCUCAAGAAGAUGCGCUAGUUCGCCCCGAAGAGCUGUUCACUCCAGUCCUUAUC